UCGCACGAGGAAGGGCACAUACAAGCAGCAGGCGGUCACCUCGUAUUAUUCUGACCCUAGAGAGCGUGCAUGGCACAUGACGAUCAUGCGGUUCAUCGUAGAGCGUGGCAUGCCAUUUAACUGCAUGAAGCUUGGGAGCUUCAGACGGAUGUUCACAGUCAUCAUCCCUCCUGGGGUCCCCGGGGCUCCCGUGCCUAAACUUCCGACUUAUCACAUGGUUCGCACGACGUUGUUGGACGAGCUGGAUGCAGAGGUGCAGCGGUGUGUGAGACCAGUGCUCGAUACCGCGCGUCAGAGUGGUUGCACUAUUAUGACGAAUGGCUGGACAAACAUCCGUAGUCAGACAUUGUGCAACUACCUUGUCGGUAUAGAGCGGGGACCCGCGUAUCUUGCCACUGAUGUUAUGCGGGGGAAGAAGGACGGGCCAGCAUUGCCAAAGGCAUGGUUGCACAGGCUAAAGACCCUCGAUAUCCAACUCAGCGACAUCCCAGCGUUUAUCACGGAUUCUGAGGGUGUGAACGUGUCCGCCAUGCAGAUAUUCCAAGAGGACGAAAGCGUCAAACAUAUUUUCUGGAUUCCGUGUGUGACAUAUGUUAUGGACCUCAUCUUGGAGGACAUUGGGUCGAUUGGAUGGGUGGCAUCACGCAUUGCUCAGGCGCGGCUCGUCGGCCAGGAUGCCACCGAGAUCAUGGCAUGUGCGAGGUCUCCUCCAUGGUGGGAGGAUUUGAGGCGAUUGUGUAAGAUCAUGGACCCGGUGAUGGAGAUGCUGCAGAUGUUGGACAGUGACACACGACAGAUCAGCACGGUACUGCGUCGGUAUGAGAUUAUGAUCGCAUCCUGUUUUACCGCGUGCGACUCCCUCACCACGACAGAGCAGGAUGAGAUCCUUGAGGUAUUCAACAGGCGGCGCACCAUGUUCCGUACUCCAGUGCACAUAGCGGCCAUGAUGCUGGAUCCUGAGUUUCGGGAUGCCACACUGUCGGAUGACGAUGUGCUGCAGCAGGGGUUGAUUGCCGCUUUGGUUCAGUUUGGCUACCCCGAGGGAUCUCCGCAGCACAUCGAGGUGCUCACCUCGAUCGAUAAGUUUCAUGCCAGGGAGAGGCCUUUCGACAAUGCUACGAUGGAUAAAGCGAUUAGGAGCUAUAACCACCCAUCCAGUGGGCGUGGGGGACGCGGACGUGGAUCAGCAGGCGGGAUAUGUCCUCGUAGUUCGCAGCCUGGGCUGCGUGAUGGGGUGGAGGUCGACCUUAUUCGUUUCCCUCGACAGCAUUGGGACGAGGGAGAGUUUUUGUAUCAUAGCUCCGAUAGCGAUGACGAGGAUUUCUUUUGUACCACCAUGCCGCGAGGUGGAGAUGACGACGGCAGGCCGGGCGACGACCGUCCCGACGAUGACGACAGUGAUGAUGGAGUGGGCGACAGCCGAAACCGUCGAUCGUUGAGAUGGGGUGGUGACACUGGUGGGAGAGGUGUUGUUGCACCACGAGAUGCAGGAAGUGAUGGCAGAGGAUUAGACGUUGUCGACGGUGGAGGCGGCUCAGGCGGCCCACAGGACGAGGAUACCGGAGCAGCGCUGGAGCAUACAUGUGCGGACGUGGCUAUGGACGUCGAGCAGCAUGCGGGGGUGGACGUUGUCGACGGCGGAGGCAGCAGGGAUGGACAGGCCAGUUCCCCGCAUGGCUCGAGACCUCACCUCCUACGAUUGCAGCACGGGCCGAAGAGGACGCAGUCGAUUGCCGAUCGUGUGAGGCAGCCCCACGGGACCCUCACCCCCACCGUUCGUCCACGAGCCGAUGAGUCUGAGCUUGUCCCUGUUUUCGAGGACUCCAUGAGUGAUGGGCCCGUCGAUGAGCAGCACCCGGCACCUGCCGGCUCGGCGCAGGAGACACGUCCGGUUGCCGAUGGGGCACAGGAGGACGCACGUCCAGUUCAUGGCACAGAGCAGGACGCACAUCCACUUCCACGCAUCCCAGUGCUCGGUGGUGGUAUGGACGCGACUGACGUGUGCAUGGAGGUGAUAGAGGAGAGGGACUUAGGAUGUUCCCCUGCGCCGAUGAUGGACGUAGAUCAGCACGCCGAAGAGGCGAGUGGAUUAACAGGCACAAAUGUCGCAGGAGUAUCUACCAUGGAGGAUGGCGAGAUCACUCCAGCGGCGGGAGGCCUAGGAGACAGGGAAGUUCGCCUCUCUCAUCCCAUAGGCAGUCUUCCCCGAACUGCUGACCUGCUCUCCAUAGGUUCUGCACUCGACGGACUCCCCGACAUCCGCACCCUCAUUUCAUCGUUAUUGCCGGACGUGCGGCCCCCUUGCCCCGAUGCUGGGAGCACCCGGGCCACAGGAGACGAAGAUGUCGGCCUCGCGUGCCCCGACGGUAGUCUUCCUCGCAUAGGCGACAUGGUGGGCGUGGGCACGCUCGCCGACAGCAUGUUUGGUGCAGACACGAUUAUUCCACCAUCGUUGCCGCUCGUGUCGCCCCCUGGCCUCAAGGGUGGGCCCGCCCGCGAUGCAAGAGACAGAGGGUUUGACGAAUUCGGUGGAGAUAAGAUAUUCUCUGCCAUGGCCUCUGCAACCCCAUCCGUAUUUCGGGUGGGGAAACCCCACGAGGUCGCUCUAGGCUUGGCCGAUACCACGACACGCCAUGAAGACUUGCCACACGGAUGGGUUCUGCACCACAUGCGGUCGGGAGGGGCGGUAGGGAGGAGCAGCAGGGAGGAGCUCAUGCGGGGGGGGUCUGGCCCAACUGUGCCAGGGUUAGCAGCAUCGUCUUUUUACGACCAGGGGAGAGCAGCACCAGUCGAUGGCGGAACCGCGGCACGGAGGAGUGCAUGCGACAUGACAGAUGUGCCCUUUGGAACACGUUCCAUCAGCACUGUAGGCGGUCGUCACCAUGGUGCGAUGCGUGAGUAUGAGGACCAGCAUGGCAGACGGCUGGCCACGAAGACAUCAGAUGUUGCCUUCACCAGGGUGGUGAAGGCUAGUAUGUCGCGUGCAAGGAGUAAGGGCGGACACGAGAGGUCUUCACAGCAUUCGAGUCGUCGUGGCACCGCACACACUCAGGACGAGGAGGUUGCUGCACAUGGUGGUGUACCGGAGGAUGGACAGGCAGGUGAUGGAGACCGUUCACGCAGAUUGUCACGUGUGCAUGACGACUCCGGCAGCGCAGGGGACGAGCGGUGCAGCCUCGUCGAGGAGGCUGGUCGUGGAGAAAAGAGACGAGGUGCUCUCAUCAUUGUACACGAUGACAGUUCUGACAUCCCGACCGAUGGGAGGGUUGUCAGGUAUGCAGCGAAGCUUGGACACAAUGUGCUCGACACGGGUGGUGCAAGGGGAGGAGAGGCGGGGCGGCGUCCGGUGGAGGGAGCGGUCAGGGGAGAUGGUGGGCAUGGUGCGCCAGACCACCCGUUGGGGGGUGGAGGCGGUGACACGGAGGAGGGCGUGAUCCACGUCGAUCGCGAGGCGCGUGGUCCGGGCGAGGAGGGGAUCCCGGAACACGAGGAUGUGCCAGAGUUUUAUCCAGACACUGGGAAGAGGAUGAAGGAUUGGCGGAGGCAAGCAGGCAAGGAACCUGCAACGGAGGGAUCUUCCAAGAGGAAGGAAGGAGGAACUGAUCCAGCUGCCACCCCAGUAGGAAAGGUGAUUGAGGUCUACGGUGGCGAGUGGGUUGCUCGCCACAAGAAGGCCUUCCUUCGCUGGUUCUAUUCCAGCGGGGUCUUCUUCAAUGCCUUCCGCAACCAGGCUUGGAAGGCAUAUCAACAGGUGCUUCUUGAGCAGCCUGGCAGUUCCCCGCGUGCUGUGCUCCCCGACCACAGCGAGAUUGCGAGUAUGCGAGCGGUGGAGACCCACCAUGCGGAGCUAGCGGAGGAGUUGGAGGAGGCGAGGCAGCCAUUCUGGGUGACGUCCUUCGGAGAUGGGUUACCAGCUUCCACGGAGUACAUCCUUGCAUGUCGGCAGUUUGAGGACUUCCACAUUCAGCGGGGCAGGUUCGGGGAUUGGGGCGGGGCGGAGGGGCAUGCUCGUGGGCGCCCGUGCAGCGGGGACGGCGAGACGAUUGAGUGUGCGUCCUGGUGGUCUAAGUUCGGGGCCGGCGCGCCACAGUUGCAGCGGUGCGCUCUUCGGGUGAUGCACAUGUGGUCUUGCGCCUCUCUAGCGGAGAGGAAUUGGGCAGUCCGUGAGGGCAUCCACACGAAGAAGCGCAACCAGUUGACCUUCGAGAAGGUCGUUCAACUCGUUGAGAUCAUCGCAAAUGUGUGGUUGAUGGAGUAUCGGGGGGUUGGAAGCAGUUAUGCGCUGCCAUGGCAGCAGGACGAGGGCAUGCUGGAUUGCCAGGCAGGACUCGACGUAGAGGUUGAGGAGGGGGCACUGUCGACAGCAGCAGUGGAGGGGGGGAUGGCACCAACGGCGGUGGCGGACGCGACCGUCGCAGCCACGGUGGACGAGAUAGCAGCAGUAGCAGCAGCAGCAGUAAUGGAGGAGAUGGCAGCAUCACCGCUGGAGGAGGAGACACCAGCGGCAGGAGGAGCAGCAGCAGUGGAGGGGCAGGUGGCAGCAGCAGGAGGAGCAGCUGGAGGAGCGGCAACAGUGGAGGUGGAGGGGGCAGCAACAGUGGAGGAGGAGGAGGCACCCUCAGCAGCUGCAGUGGAGGGGGGGGUGGCAGGACCAGUGUACGAGGAGAAAGCCGCACAGGCGGAGGUGCCGUGUGGGGGCGAUGACGAGCGCCUCAUGCAGCAGUUCCUCACGGAGGAGCUCGAUCCGGUCAUAACGGAUUUGGGGUUCGAGCAAGUGGUUGUGCCCCCACGUCCUCCUAGUCACUUUGCUCCGCAGGAGGUCCGUCAUCCUUUGGAUGCAGAGGAGUUGGCCAGAGAGGCUGUGCGUGAUGUUACUCGAUUGGACGGACGGAUCUUCGACCAGAGGCUCGAGCAUUUAGCAUGGCAAGCGAUCCCUUCGGUUCCAUGGGGUCCUGCGUCGCCCGUGUCGUCUGGGUCUACCUCCACCGGAGGACGUACCGUGGGACAUGUUCCAGGGGUUUCGGAUGGCGUGAUGGAGACAGCGCCACGCACAAGAGACAUGCCACCCCUUCCUCCUAGACCACCUGUAGGUGAUCCAUCAUCAUCGCCCACAGGCAAAGGCUCUCGAUCCCCACACACGCCUGGGAGAUCUAGGGUUCGUGACACGACAGCAAUUCAGCGGGAUGUGUGUGACACGACGUUAUUCGGGAGGAUAGACAUAGAUUUGGAUUCCACCCGCUGUGUCACGGAGCACACAGGACGCCUUUUGCCGGGCUUGAGACCCCGCGGCGCCAGGACGACCGCGGCGAGGGAGGUACCAGCAUCAGGUUGUGUGCCUCAGCGAGGUCGCAGCAGAGGAGUGUCCACCGAGAGCUUGGAGCACGCUCUGAGAGCAACGACGCGUACCGUGCAUGAGCAAACUCCACGCAAGCGUGGAGCGCCUCCUCGUCCACGCCCCACGGUUGCAGAGGCUAGUGCGAGGGUUGUUGUGUUGAGGAAGGGAGGAGGCCCUGUCACCAUCGAGGAGGAUGAUCCUGAUACAGAUGCGGCAGUGCAGGAGGCGGACGAGGACUAUGAGGGCGAGCAGGAGGAAGAGGAGGAGAGCAAGAGCGGUUCUGAUGGUGACGACAAUGACGACGGCGAUGAGCCCCCACCUCCCCCAGGACCCCCACCGACGAGUGCAUCCACACUCUGCUGCGCAUACUUCUUCAUUUGGACGAGGGAGGAAGAGGUCGACAUCCGGCACUCGAGGGGGUACGAGGAGACAGAGCGGGAAGGGGAAGAAGGGUCGUUGACCGAUGAGGCGAACACUCUGCUUAUCCCCUACUCGCACUGUACUUCUUUCUGAUCAUGCCCAUGAAUCACUUUGUGCCUCCCUUGAUUCCCAUGUAUUUUUCUCGAAGUCAUGAUAAAUUGCCCCAGACAAU